CGAUUAAGAGGUACAACUUAACAACCUAAAAUGGGUAAUUUACCGUCUCAACGAAUAACGCCAGACUAACCAUUUUUAUCCGUUGGCCUUGACUUUGCUGGCCCAUUUUACAUAGUUAACCGUAAAGGUCGAGGCUGUCGCAUUGUAAAAUGUUACUUAUGUCUUUUUGUUUGCCUUCGUUAUAAAUGUAUACACCUUGAAGCAGUCAGUGACUUAACAAAGGAUGCAUUUAUUAUGUCAUUAAAACGAUUUAUAUCUCGUCGUGGCAAGCCAACUGAAAUAUUUAGUGACAAUGGUACUAAUUUUGUAGCUGCCGGGAAAGAAAUAGGCUCGUUCAUCAAACAGAAUCAUGAACCUUUAGUUGACUUUGCAAGUCAGCAAUCUAUAAAUUUUAAAUUCAUUCCGGCUUACACUCCUCAUUUUGGUGGCAUAUGGGAAGCCGGGGUUAAGCCGGCAAAACAUUUGUUACGACGAGUUUUAGGCGAAUGUCACUUGACGUUCGAGGAACUGUCUACUUUAUUCGCACAAGUGGAGGCGAUUCUCAAUAGCCGUCCCUUGUGUCCCCUCUCAUCCAGUCCUAACGACCUCCUUUCCCUCUUCCCAGGACAUUUCAUCAUUAGCCGACCGCUGAUCGCUCUGCCAACACCAAACCUGGAAGACGUGAAGGAAGGCCAAUUGCGACGCUAUAUGCGCCUUGAGAAGCUGAGGCAACAUUUCUGGAGAAGGUGGCAGAAGGAAUACCUCUCUGAAUUACAACAAAGGACAAAAUGGCGGACAAACACGUCAAAGCUGGACGUGGGAGAUAUGGUGCUGCUAGCUGAUGACAAUGCGCCCCCUCUCACUUGGAAACUCGGCCGCGUACUUCGUCUCAUACCCGGACCUGACGGGAUAUCCAGAGUGGCAGACGUCCUCACCACCAAGGGCUGCGUGCGACGCGCCUUUGUGCGCCUCUGCAAACUUCCCUCAGCUGAAGACAUAAACGGUUGAAACUACCUUUCAACGGCCGGGAAUAUGUUCAGGCGUAAACGCCUGUUCUAAAUGAAUAGCAAAAGUUGAGAAACAUGUAACUAUUGAAAAUUGCAUAGGCGU